UCAGCUGUUGAUGAAAGCCAGUUAGGGAAGAGGGGAUACCUGACACCGAUGACUGCCAAGGAAUACAUCCUGGCUCUGUGGAAGAAUGAAGGUUUCUUUUUGCGUUAUCUCUUCCCUGGGAUGGAUCCCCAUGAGAGUUCAGGAUUCAGUCCAGACAUGUUUUUUUUAGAUCUACUUGUGGUUCCGCCUUCAAGAUAUCGUCCCAUAAAUCGUGUUGGAGACCGACUGUUUACAAAUGGCCAGACAGUGAACUUGCAGGCUGUCAUGAAAGAUGCCAAAAUGAUACGGAAGCUCUUGGUUUUCAUGGCAAAAGAACAAUGUCAGCCAAUAAAAAUUACAGAUGAAGAAAUCCAAACAGAAACAGGAGACAAUAAUGAACCUCUGGACCAUUCUGUCCUGACGAUGAUUCCAGGACAGACCAUUGCAGAUAAGCUGUACAACGCUUGGAUUCGUCUUCAGAGCCAUGUCAACAUUGUAUUUGAUAGUGACAUGGACAAACUAAUGACAGAAAAAUACCCUGGUAUUCGUCAGCUAUUGGAGAAAAAGGAAGGAUUGUUCCGCAAGCACAUGAUGGGAAAGCGCGUGGAUUUUGCUGCUCGAUCAGUCAUUUGUCCAGAUAUGUACAUUGGUACCAAUGAGAUUGGCAUUCCUAUGGUAUUUGCUACCAAACUGACUUAUCCUCAGCCAGUCACUCCCUGGAAUGUCAAAGAGCUGAGGCAGGCUGUCAUAAAUGGCCCAAAGGUUCACCCUGGGGCCUCUAUGGUCAUUAACGAAGAUGGAUCUCGGACAGUACUGAGUGCGAGCAGCCUGACCCAGAGGGAAGCUAUAGCUAAGCAGCUCCUCACUCCUUCUUCAGGCGCGCCCCAGUCAGGACUGAAGAUUGUAUGUCGACAUAUUAAAAAUGGAGAUGUCCUUUUACUGAACCGCCAGCCCACUCUUCAUAGACCCUCCAUCCAAGCUCACCGGGCCCGAAUCCUGCCUGGAGAAAAAGUGCUGAGGCUUCACUAUGCCAACUGCAAGGCUUACAAUGCUGAUUUCGAUGGUGAUGAAAUGAACGCCCAUUUUCCACAGAGUGAGCUGGGUAGAGCAGAGGCCUACACCUUAGCCUUUACUGAUGAACAAUAUCUAGUUCCAAAGGAUGGGAAGCCGCUUCCUGGCUUGAUCCAGGAUCACAUGAUUUCUGGAGUUAGCAUGACAAUCCGGGGAUGCUUUUUCACCAGAGAACAAUAUAUGGAGCUUGUUUACCGAGGACUAACAGACAAAAAAGGAAGAAUUAAAAUCUUUCCUCCUGCCAUUAUGAAACCACAGCGAUUAUGGACAGGGAAGCAGGUUGUUUCUACAUUGUUAAUAAACAUCAUUCCAGAAAAACACGUCCCACUGAAUUUGACUGGGAAAGCUAAGAUUGGUGGAAGAGCCUGGGUAAAGGGACCUGCAAACAAGCAUCUAAAUCUUGAUUCAAUGUGUGAAUCUCAGGUUAUUAUUAGAAAUGGGGAAUUACUGUGUGGAGUCUUGGACAAAGCUCACUUUGGCAGCUCUGCCUAUGGCCUGGUCCACUGUUGCUAUGAAAUCUAUGGAGGUGAAACUAGUGGGAAAGUGCUAACAUGUCUAGGACGCCUCUUUACUGCUUAUCUGCAGCUGUACAGGGGAUUUACACUGGGGAUUGAAGAUAUUUUGGUUAAACCUGAAGCAGACUACAAAAGACAAAAAAUCAUUGAAAACUCAAGCCAGCAUGGUAUUGAAGCUGUUCGAGCUGCUCUUCAUUUGCCAGAAACAGCAUCAUGUGAGGAGGUCCAAGGGAAAUGGCAGGAUGCCCAUCUCUGCAAAGACCAGAGGGAUUUUAACAUGGUUGAUCUGAAAUUCAAGGAGGAAGUAAACAAUUACAACAAUGAAGUUAACAAGGUUUGCAUGCCCCUCGGUCUCCACAGGAGCUUUCCAGAGAACAAUUUGCAGUUGAUGGUACAGUCAGGAGCCAAAGGAUCCACUGUAAAUACAAUGCAG